AUGGGGAACUGUUUAUUCGGAGGGUUAGGCGACAUGGAAGAGUACUUACCGACCAAAGUCAUAAAACCGGACGGUGGAGUUCUAGAGUUCUUCUCACCCAUCACAGCAGGCUCCGACGAGUUGAAGACUUUUGUCGGAAACUAUCACGUGAGAUCCAACAGCGAGUCCUUGCCAAUGAUAACUCCUUACGGAAUGUCUCUGGAUUACAACCGUAGGGUGUUGAAGAGAUCGUACACAAACGUCUUUUCAAGAAAAACCCGACAUAAGGAGAAGAAGACGAGGAAGCGUAUGAGAAACAAAGGGGAUAUAUGGAAAGUGAAGCUGGUCAUAAACACGGAAGAGCUGCUGCAGAUAUUGUCCGAAGAGGGGAGAACAAACGAGCUUAUAGAGAGUGUAAGAGCCGUGGCCAAGUGUGAAAACGUUGUGGCGUCAAGCAUCACAAGUAGUUCGUCCGAGUUGAACUACUUGUCAGUGGUACAGGUCUAGUUUUUAUUUUAUAUUUGUGGUAGAUCUUCAUCUACAUUAUUUGGAUGUUGUGGUUUAUGAGUUUACUUGGCAAGUUGCUAUUAACCCCAAAAGCCUGUUACGUGUGUAUGUGUUUAAUAUGAGUUUGUAUUUAAGAUGAUUAUAGUUCACUAAAUUUUAAUAUAUAUUAUUGUUUAAUGUGAGUUUG